GCUCGUCCUUGUCAGACCUCACUGUGGUCAAGCUAUCGUCGUUGACAGGAGUAACGGCAGAAAUACAACAGCAUGAAUGCUGCCUGUACACAUCAAGUCACUGCAGGUUUCCUGCAUCUGAGAAGACAGUGCCUUUGACAACAAGAUACAAUUUUAUAUCAAGACUCAUAACAUUUAUAUUUACAGUACUGCGCUAACUAAAACGAUAUGUAGCAGUAAGCUAGGUAACAGCUAGGUGGCUAACGUUACACGACCUGUUGUUUUUGCUAAGUUAGAAACAGUUUCUGAAGAGCCUGCAACAAACCAAGUGAGGAAUACCAAAGCUUUAGAAAUCUCCGAGCAGGUGUUAAGUUCACAAGCUUUCAGCACCUGGUGCUGCUCCCCCCCACCCAAACCCCCUCCCCUCUGGUGGUUGAAUUCAUGAGUGCGCAUAGUGAUAGCCGUGCUUAGUCCUCGGGAAUGGGUAAUGGAGUCCAGGAACAACGGGCAUCACUCACACGGGGAGAUGUGCUGCCAGUUGCCUCCUCCAAUCAGUCAGAGUCCAGCUUUGAGAGUCUCAAACAAACUCAGUCUGUCAUCAACUCGCUCUUCUCCGGGGCUUUAGCAGGAGCUUUGGCCAAGACGGCCGUCGCCCCAUUAGACAGGACGAAAAUCAUCUUCCAAGUGUCUUCAGCAAGAUUCUCAGCCAAGGAGGCCUACAGGUUGAUCUACUGCACCUACCUGAAAGAUGGCUUUAUUAGUCUGUGGAGGGGGAACUCUGCCACCAUGGUGCGAGUCAUCCCGUACGCUGCCAUCCAGUUCUGUGCACACGAGCAGUACAAGGGGCUGCUUGGAGGUUACUACGGCUUUCAGGGAAAAGCUCUACCUCCAUUUCCAAGGUUACUGGCAGGCUCUAUGGCUGGUACCACGGCGGCCAUGUUGACCUAUCCUCUGGACAUGGUGCGAGCUAGGAUGGCUGUAACACCAAAGGAAAUGUAUGGUAACAUUCUUCACGUGUUUGUGCGGAUAUCUCGAGAAGAGGGUCUGAAGACUUUGUAUCGAGGCUUUACUCCCACCAUCCUCGGUGUUGUACCCUAUGCUGGUCUCAGCUUCUUCACCUAUGAGACACUGAAGAAAGUACAUGCAGAGCGCAGUGGGCGUCUGCAGCCCUACUCCUAUGAGCGACUGGCAUUUGGAGCCUGCGCGGGUCUCAUCGGCCAGUCGGCCUCCUACCCUCUGGAUGUGGUCCGACGCAGGAUGCAGACCGCUGGAGUCACAGGUCACACGUACGGUACGAUCCUGGGCACCAUGAGGGAGAUUGUGGCUGAGGAGGGGGUUAUCCGCGGACUCUACAAAGGUCUCAGCAUGAACUGGGUCAAAGGGCCCAUCGCGGUGGGGAUCAGCUUCACCACGUUCGACCUCACUCAGAUCCUCCUGAGGAAGCUGCAUCAGAUGGGCUACACCAACCGAUAAUAUCGAUACCGAGGGAGAACAGGGGGGCCGUGGGAUGAGAAGGUGCCUGAACUGCCACUGCACAGAAGCACAGGAGGUAGAGAGUGACAAGUGUGUUGUUGGAUAGACGUAAACACAAUGGCUCAGGAUGCGAGGGUAAUAUUAGUGUAUUCUCUCGCUUAUUUGCGUUUAACAUGGGUUGCAUCAGACCCUGUAGGCGGGAGGUUUGCUGGAUGGUAUUGAGGACCUGUACACACUGUUGUCAUGUACAUCUAAGUGCAAUAUGCUCCGUGAUUUAAUGUGUGUACACAUAAGUUACAACACUUCUGUCCUAACAAAGCCUGCCUGUGAGAGUUUUUGUCAAUAAGAGGGUUCUCACACACACACACACACACACACACACACCAUACACACACAGGUCUCCCUACUGCCUGUGUGUGUCUGCCUAAAACUGACAAUGCAAUGGAAGUUGCCACGUGAAGAAAUGUAUGAUGCAUUUGAUUUAAGAAGAGUACAUUUGGCCCAUUGAGAUUUGUUUUUGCUUAGUUUUUUUUUUAGGGAGUUUGUUUUUAAGGAAUUGUACCAAAGGUUAGAAGUCAAGCUAGUUGUAUAUUAGAUUAUAUAAUGUUUGUAUAUUAAAGCACAGAAGUAUGGCUUUAGAGCAAAACUAUUGCCCGGCACAGACAACAUCAGCACCAUGUUUGCUGAUGUUGAUGGGUUUGAUCAUGUGGUCAAACGUUCAGUUUUUGUUGCAGUGGAAUACAUUGACAUCACUUCUACGUUCAGUAUUUUAGUGGAUCAGACUUUUGUUGUUUAGUUUCUGUGCUGACAGCAGACACAGGAGCUAUGUUUGAUGCCAGUGCCAACAGAUGUCAAGUUUAAAGAGAUGAACUUGUUUGUUUUUGUAGUUACGUAACUGGGUUUUUCAAUGUGAUGGACACAUUCGAUCUCUGAAGUAUUAAUACAAACAGAUCAAACAGAUUUGACGCAGUGAGACGUUUGUCCUUGUUGAGAAUCUUUCAGUUUAGCUGCGUAUGACAGACAGACCUACGAAACCUUCAUCAGGCUAUUUGAAAAAGUAUUUCCUGAAUGUGACACCAUACCUGCUGGUUUAAGAGCUAAGCAGAGACAUCUCUAUGUAACGUAAUCCAAUAUAACAAGCCUACAGAGAGAACUACCUAAUGAAGUUAACAAACUUCAGUUGUUGCUGCUUUGACUCGUGUCAUCUUUUAGAGAUAUUUUUAAAGGUGUUUAAAGUGCACCAACACACAGUCACAUACACACAUACACAGUUUACAAAUGUGGUCUUCCCUUUUGCAGUUUGUGAUGCAGCUGCAGCGGUUUUUUUUUUUUGCACUUGCUGAGAUUUUGCCUGAUCUUAGAAAUGAUUUUGUAACAAGGAUGGACUUUUCAUUCAGAUACAUCUGAUGUAGAGCUGUAGCAUUUCAUGCUGAUGGACUAACUUGUUUGGAAAUAUGCACACAUGGUGAUGAUAUAAUUAGUUUUCUUUGUUGGAGGCAUAAUGUGUACUACUUCUUGUGUGGUCAGUAUUGUGAUUUACCUCAGUGCAUAUUCAAAUACUAAUCAUGAGCUAACAUAUCAAUGUGUUUUUU